AUGGUGACACAAACCAAUCCGGUCCCAGUCACGUAUCCAACGGAUGCUUACAUCCCCACGUACCUUCCCGAUGACAAGGUUUCCAACCUCGCAGAUUUGAAAAAAUUGAUAGAAAUGGAUUCCAGACUGGAUCUGUAUUUGACAAGAAGGAGGCUGGAUACAUCGAUCAAUUUGCCCACGAACACCAAAAACAAAGAUCAUUCUCCCGGCAGGGAAACGCUAAGAAUUUAUGUCUAUAACACCACAGAAAACCGCCCUCGCAACGACUCUGACGCCUCAGCGGACUCAGGUAAGACCACAUGGACACUGAGAAUAGAAGGUAAACUACUGCACGAAUCUGGCAAGGGAAACCGCCCAUUCAGUGGAUUUUUGGAAGGUAUUGCGAUUGAUUUCAAAAAGGUGAAACCGGGCCACAUGGGCAAGAAGAGGAAACACGAUUCCUCAUUGAGCCUUCCAUUGAAUUUGCAGCAAGCUGAAGACGACGAUGCAGAUGUCUCCAUGAUCGAUGAUGACAACGGCGAAGACGAAGACAACGAUGAAGGAGAACCCAAGGAGGAGAUUGUGGAUGCCCUAGAAUGGACCUACGACGAAAACAACAUCGUGGAGUUCGACGGUAUCGAUGUAAAGAGGCAGGGCAAGGAGAAUUUGCAAUGCAGCAUAACCAUCCAGUUGAAAGGUGUGGAUGGCGGUAAAGUGCAGUACUCGCCCAACCUGGCUACAUUGAUCGGUAUGCAAACGGGUUCGGUUAACGACGCGGUCUAUUCGAUGUAUAAAUACAUUUUAAUCAACAACUUAUUUGUCACGGAACGAACCAAGUCUCAGGACGAAGCUAAUGAUGUCGAGAAUAACAAUAACAACAGUGACGGCGAUGGCGACGAGGGAAACGCUCCUCAAGAUAAGCCAGAAUUGGGCGAAGUGGAACUAGAUUCACUUUUACAAAAAGUAUUGGAUACAAACGCCACACACCUCCCCUUGAUGAAUGUCGUCCAAAGCAUAAAUAAACUAGUAUUACCGCUACCGCCCAUCAAGCUAGACUAUACAAUUGAUCUAGCCAAAGAUACUACGUACGGUGCUACCAGCUUGGAUGUAGAUGUAUCACAUAUCCUCCACCAAUCGCAACCACAGCCACAACUUCAAAAAGAGGGAGAGACAGAUGCCGAAGAUACAGCUAAACUGCGUGAAAUUACAAAGCUUGCUUUACAAUUAAAUUCCAGUGCUCAGAAAUAUCAGUUUUUCCACGAAUUGUCUCUGCAUCCAAGAGAAACGCUGACUCACUACUUGUGGUCUUCCAAGCAAAACGAGCUCGUACUACAGGGUGAUCAGUACUUCAAUGAAGACGCUGCAAGAACCAGCGAUAUAUACACCAAUAAUAGCGAUGACAGAGCACUAAUGGGCAAUAUUUCACUUCUUUACUCCCAGGGAAGACUAUAA